AUCAUAAAAUGAAUACUUUCAGCAGCUAAAAAAAUGGUUUUAAGUUUCUAUCUUUUGUUUUCUCGCAGGUGAUGCCAGUAGAGCGGUAUGGACAGUUAUCAACGGUUACAGUGGCUAAAUCUAGGAUUGUAAACUGUUGAAACAGAAAAUAAACAUCUGCUAACUGCAUCAAUAUAUAUAUUGAAGACGGACUCCACUCUUGACUUUUAGACCACGUCACACUUGCCAUCAAUAAUGUCAGGUUAAGAAAGUCUGAAGUCUCCGAUCUUUGACACCACAGUGAGUGUUUCCCCAGAAGACCCGUCUUUAGUAUUGCUGGACUUUCAUCGAGAUGUUCACCGCUCUGAAGAAGCUGGUGGGCUCUGAAGCAGGGCAGCUCAGGGAUAGAAAUAUUCCUGCCGGCCUACAGUCCAUGAACCAGAGUCUACAGAAGCGUUUUGCAAAGGGCGUUCAGUAUAACAUGAAAAUAGUCAUCCGUGGGGACAGAAACACAGGUAAAAGUACCCUUUGGCACCGGCUUCAAGGGAAAAAGUUUCUGGAAGAGUACAUCCCCACGCAGGAGAUCCAGGUCACCAGCAUUCACUGGAACUACAAAACAACAGAUGAUGUAGUGAAAGUUGAAGUCUGGGAUGUUGUAGAUAAAGGGAAAGGGAGAAGACACGGAGAGUUUCUGAAAUUGGAAAAUGAACCUCAGGAGUCGGAAACCGAGAUGGCUCUCGACGCAGAGUUCCUGGAUGUUUAUAAGAACUGUAACGGCGUGAUCCUGAUGUUCGACAUCACCAAACAGUGGACAUUUAACUACAUCAUGAGGGAGUUGCCAAAAGUGCCGACACACGUCCCAGUGUGUGUGCUGGGUAACCAGCGGGACAUGGGCGAGCACAGGGUCAUCUUACCCGACGACAUCAGAGACUUCAUCAACCGUCUGAACAGACCGCCGGGCUCCUCCUACAUCCACUAUGCCGAGUCCUCCAUGAAAAACGGCUUUGGUCUCAAAUACCUCCAUCGAUUCUUCAACAUCCCAUUCCUGCAGCUGCAGAGGGAGACUCUGUUACGGCAACUGGAGACAAAUCAGCUUGACAUCGAUGCCAUGCUCGAAGAGCUCAGUGUCCAGCAGGAGACCGAGGACCAGAACUAUGACAUUUUUCUUGAGAUGAUGGAGGCACGCAAAGCUUACGGCUCUCCGGCGCCAUCUAAUGGCCAGAGCCCAUCCUCGGGCUCACAGUCCCCUGUGGUGCUGCCCGGAGCCGCCUCUCCCAGUAACUCCAGCCCCAGUACCCCUCAGGCCCCUGUCCCGCUGCAGGCCCAAUCCACCCCUCCACCACCUCCAUCUAUACCACACCCUCCCACCCAGACCACAGCCGUCCAUGUUCCCCAGACACCAUCACAAACACCUCCUCCUGCCCAGAGACGAGGCUUCAUCUCACGCCUGUUCGGAUCGUCCGCUGCAGAGGCAGAACCAGACAAACCAGAAUCUGUGGGCUCUGAAGAGCCGAAGCCCUCUGGAAAGGUGCAGAGUGUGGAGGACUUUGUGCCGGAGGUGGGCAUGAAACGGACCGUUCUGGAAGAUGGUAGAACAGCAGUUAAAUCAGCAUCAGCUCCCAUCCUGGACAGUGAUAGUGAUGGUGAGGGACGGGGAAAUCCUCUGGUCUCUGGCUUCCAGGAUGAUUUAGAUCCAGAUGACAGAGCGCUGUCCCAGCCUGCCGUUAAAGCGGCGGUCCCGAGCAUGAGCGUCACACUCACGAGUGAUGAAGAGGAGGAAGAUUCAUCUCUGCCCUCUGCUGCCCAGUACAAAGGCAUCGGCUCGGGCCCAAACUCAAAGAGUUCUAGAUCUGCAGUGAAUUCUGUCAAACAGCUGCAAACCAAGUCUAGACCAGCUGAGAGACCCCAAAGCCUGAAGACCCCAGCAGGAGCUGCAGUGCAGCGACUGAAGACAGGAGGCGCUGAUGAGGCUCAACAGAUGCUUUCAUUUGUCAUGGACGACCCCGAUUUUGAGAAGGAAGAGUUUGAUGGACCCAAGAUCAAAAAGGGCACUUUUUCUGCACGAGAUGACUUAUCUGACAGGUCGGAUGAUGGCUUUGUGUUAGCUGGACUCCCAGAGCCCCCCAAACCUGCUGCCCCCUCAUUUAAGACCCUAAGCAGUGACAUUGACCUGUUCAGCCUGGGGUUUGAAGAGACGACACCUAAGAGUAAAGACAGCAGUGAAGACCAGGAGGAUAAUGAAAGCAGACACUCUACAAAGGACAAGAAAAAGAAGAAAAAGAAAAGCAAAGAGGAGGAUGAGAAAAGCAGCAAGAAACGACACAAACACAAGAAAAAGGAAAAGGAUGAGGCGGGAACAGGAGACGAGAAAGAAAAGAAGAAGAAGAAAUCUUCAAGGACCACAGGGGCUGUGGACGAUCUUGAGGCCUUCCUGGCAGGUGGAGACGGACCAGGAAACAGUGAGGGCGGAGACUAUGAAGAGCUCUAACCAAUCAGGGUUUGACAUCCACACCGUGUGACAUCGCCAGGUCAUUCUCCAAUCCAUUCCACCUGUUUCACAGUGCCUAACCUUUUGAGUUUUCACAGCGUUUUUGUUCUUCCAGCAUUGCAGCUUGAUAAAUUGGUACGUGGCACCGUUGUUCGCCUCAUGCUGUUUUCCAGUAUUUUCAGACAUAUAACUUUUAGAUGCAUUUUCAAAUGAUCCAGCAUUUAUUCGGUUAUUAACUGAUUAGAACUCGAAGUCCUUCCACAAAGAUUUGAAGUCAUUUUAGCUUUGUUGGUUUUGUUUCUGUCUUUGUCAGUGUGUGUGUGUGUGUAAAUAUGUGUCCCUUAACAUUAUGGCAGCUCUGUGUGUGCUUGCAAUUUAUUUAGCAAGCAUAUAGAUGGAUUAAUCAGACUUCCAUUCAAAUCUACGUAACAUACAUGAGCAGAGCUCAUUUCUGUCAAACUUUCAAAUAGAUAUUCACAUUUAAUUGAACAUUUAAUACAAGAAUGGAUUUCAUGAACAGUUUGCACAGAA